AAAUAUUUACACAUGCUGUCCUUGUCCGUCUGAGUUUAAAAGGCCAUUUCAGCUGUCUUGCUUGCACUCUUGUAAGCCCCAUCAUGGCAAGAGCUGUGGUGCAAGUAACCCUCUUUGGGCUGCUGCUGGCUUUGGUAACCACACUACCAAACAAGGAUGACUGGGACAUCUACAACUUUCACAUCAACUCAACAGUGAGCAGUCGUUAUGCAACCACAGUCAUCACAAGCCGUGUGGCCAAUCGAAUGGACGAGUCAAAGGAAAUAGAAUUUCAAGUCCGGAUUCCCAAGAAUGCCUUCAUCAGUAAAUUCAGAAUGUUUAUAGAUGGCCAGGCAUACGAUGGGGUUGUGAAAUCUAAGGAGGCGGCUAAGCAGCAGUACACUGAUGCUGUGUCACAAGGCCAGAGCGCUGGGAUUGUCAGUUCUGUAGGGAGGACUCUCGAAGAAUUCAAGACCUCUGUGAAUGUAGCAGCUCACAAAAAGGUCACUUUUGAACUUACAUAUGAGGAACUACUGACACGCAAACUGGGCAAGUACGAGCUGCAAAUCCACGCCCGACCAAUGCAGCCUGUAAAAGACUUCAAGGUUGAUGUGUACAUACAUGAGAAAGCUGGAAUCAAUAUCAUGGAGGUUAAAGGUGGACUAAGCACCAAUGCCAUGGCUAAUGCCAUCACCAAAACACAUUCAGACACACAGGCGUGGGUGUAUUUCUACCCAACUGAGGACCAACAAAAGACGUGUGACCGCUGUGGAGAGCAAGGCAUGAAUGGAGAUCUGGUUAUUGUUUAUGACGUCAACAGGGACAACUCAUUUGGAGACAUCAAGAAGUCAUCAGGGUACUUCGUUCAUCACUUUGCUCCAUCUAAUCUUGCCCGAAUACCAAAAAAUGUGGCCUUCGUUAUUGAUCAAAGUGGCUCAAUGUAUGGCAGAAAAAUACAACAGACCCGAACUGCAUUGAUUCGUAUCUUGAAUGACCUGGCAGAAGAAGACCACUUUGGUCUGAUCACUUUUGAUGGCUCCAUUUUUCACUGGAAACGAGAGCUUGUUCAGGCUACGGAAGAAAACCUGGCUAGUGCCAAAACCUUUGCACAGCAGAUUCAAGAUAGAGGAGCCACGGACAUUAACCAAGCAGUUUUAGAAGGAGCACGAAUGCUGAAUGCAAAUCCCAGAGAAGGCUCAGCAUCUAUUCUCAUACUGCUCACAGAUGGAGACCCAACCUCAGGGGUGACAAAUCUGGAAGUAAUUCAGUCAAAUGUAAGAAAGGCUAUUGCAGGUAAAUUCCCUCUCUACUGCCUCGGUUUUGGUUUUGAUGUCUAUUUUGAGUUCCUUGAAAAGAUGUCACUGCAGAACAACGGUGUGGCUCGACGGAUUUAUGAAGACUCUGAUGCUGAGUUACAACUCAAGGGUUUCUAUGAAGAGGUGGCAACUCCUUUGUUAACAGAUGUGACAAUGGUUUAUGAGGGUGGGAUUAAUCUAACCCAGACUAACUUCAGCCAGUAUUAUAAUGGCUCUGAGAUUGUUGUGGCAGGUCAGAUCACUGACAACGACAUCGGAACCUUCACUCCACAAGUUGUGGCUGUUUCGAGAAAUAGAAAGGUGGUGUUUCCUGGAACAAAUGUUACAGUGGAGUCAGCCGAUGUGUCUGACAGUAACAUCCAGAGAGUUUGGGCCUACCUCACAGUAAAACAGCUUCUAGAGAAAGAACUGCGGUUAUCUGGACCAGAGAAGGAGAACGCUAAGAAAGAGGCCUUGGAGCUGUCGCUGAAAUACAGCUUUGUGACCCCACUCACAUCCAUGGUGGUCACCAAGCCUCCUGGGGAGAGCUCAGAUGUGCUCCAUAAACCCAAGGAAGGUGAAGCACCUCAGACCCCAACCUCUAAUGCGGGGCAUUACGUACCCGUGGCUAUUCCAGGUAGUUCUGGAAUGUUGUUUGAUGGUGAGUAACACAAAUGUGAACAGAACAGCAAACACAGUGCAAAACAGCAAAUUAAUUGUAUAACUAUAAUUUAAAAUGUAAGUGUGGAUUUCAACAAAAUAAAUUAUGUGACUUAACUAAUCGACAAUUAAUAAACACUUCAUUAAAUAACUUAUUAUUAAUUCACAGUUUUCAAUUAAAUAUUUGAUAACAAGUUCCUUUUAACAAAUAAAAAAAUCUAAUGAUAGGCUUUGUGAUUAAUCAAUCGCAAAUUUAAACACUAUUUACAAUUGGUUAUGUCUACCUUUAUAAUGUAAUUGUACUCUAUUCUUCUCUUAAUUAAGUGUUCACUUAAAUGCUCCCUUUAUUCCCUGAAACUGUAUCUAAAAUCUGAUUACCUUACCAACCUUCCUCUCCACAUACACACACAUGCUAGCUGAGGAGGAUUAUUGUAAAUGACAUGAUCUAUAAAAUGAUCCAAAAGAACAUGAUGUUUAUAUGGGGUAGCUUUGGCUCAGCGGUAGAGUCAGUCAUCUCUCAACAGGAAGGUCAGGGGGUCAAUCCCCAGCUCCUGCAGUCAAAUUUCAAAGUGUCCUUGGACAAGACACCUAACCCCAUUGUGCCCACUGUAUGAAUGAGAUUAGUUAAUACACAAGUCUCUGCCUUCAGUGUGUAAAUGUGGUGUGAAUAGGAGAAUGUGACCUGAGCUGUAAAAAGUGUAUUGAGCAGUCACAAGACUAGAAAAACGCUACACAAGUUCAAGUCCUUUUAACAUUUUACACAUGUCACUGAUCAUAUGCCACCGUUUUGUUAAAAGGAAACUCAUUCCCACAAAUUUAAUUGGCUUUUAGUUCAGAUUAUUUUGUCGAACUGAAGCUAAUCAACUAAUCAGAUUGAAGAAGUUCAUGAAUUGAAUGAAUGUUUUUUAUUUUGGUUAUUCAUUAAAUAAUAUCAAGAGUUAAAAAUAUUUAUGUAAAUAGUCAACUUACAGAAACAGAAACAAAAAACUUCACAUGCUUAAACUUGUCCAUUUCACACAUUAAAAUUCAAAUAAAUCAAUGACCAAAACAGGAAUAGGCUGAAGUCCAAGGCUUAUUUCUGCCUAUCCUGUAAAAAUCCUUCAUAUAAGUCAGAACAUAAACAAUCCAACAAAAAUAAAACAAAAACAAAUGCAGAUAAACUCUAAAGUAUUUCUUAAUUAUUCAUAAUUUCACGUUGUAAUCAUUAAUUAAUUUGCAUUUUUAGUUGUUUUUUUUAACUCAACAGAGAACUAAACAAUUUGAACUCGUCACUAUGGCUGUUCCAUAAUUUGACUCCCCAAACUGAGGCGCAUCUAUGUAUUUUAUGUUGAUUCUCGCUUUGCAUGUUACAAACAUACAUGACCCUCUUAAAUUAUAAUUGCCUUCCCGUAAUUUAAAAAAAUGUUGAAUAACAACAGGAAGACUUUUAUUUUUAGAUCGAUGAAGUAUUGUUAAUGUUUUUAAAUACACGAUAUCUACAAAUUUAAGGGUAGAAGACCUUAUGAACAAUGGAUUAGUAGAAUCAUAGUAACCAGAUUUGUUUAUGACUCUUACAGCUCUUUUCUCGAGUUGAAUUAUUAUUAACUCUUAAUAAAGAUGAAAAGUAGGAAAAAAGAGAACAGUGAACAUGUAGAAGUCAUAGGAAGUUAGAAAUAA